CGCGGCCAGGUUUAACUUCUUUUUUUCGAAAGCUAAGCAAGAAGUAGGGUUUUAGCUUUCACAAGAAAUCAAGAAGCAAUGCCGAAGUCGAAGCGUAACAGAGCUGUUACCUUAUCUAAGACGAAGAAGAAGGGUAAGGAGCACAAAGAAAACAUUGUCAACUCAAUAAGGGAAUGCGCGGAAAAGUAUAGUUCAGCGUACGUAUUUAGUUUCGAGAACAUGAGAAAUCUCAAGUUCAAGGAGUUCAGAGAUCAGCUCAAGUCUUCUAGCAGAUUUUUCCUGGGAUCGAACAAAGUCAUGCAGGUAGCAUUAGGUCGGUCAGACUCUGAUGAGAUUCGUCCCGGCCUCCAUAAGAUUUCUAAGCUUGUACGUGGCGAUUCAGGUCUUUGCUUUACUAACUUAUCGAAGGAGGAGGUCCAAAGGUUGUUUAACGAGUAUGAAGAACAUGACUUUGCGAGGACUGGCACUACAGCAACUGAAAAGGUGGAGCUACAAGAAGGUCCUCUUGAUCAGUUCACACAUGAGAUGGAGCCAUUCUUGCGGAAACAAGGGAUGCCAGUGCGGUUGAACAGAGGUGUCGUGGAGCUCGUGUCUGACUUUGUUGUAUGUGAAGAAGGGAGGCCAUUGUCACCAGAGGCAGCUCGGAUACUGCGUCUGCUUGGUAAGAAGAUGGCUACUUUCCGGCUCCACUUAAUAUGCAGGUGGUCUCCUGAUGAGUUUGAAAUCUACAGAGAAGGAUUGGAAGAAUCAGAUAUUGAAUCCUCAUAGACUGCUCUCAGACCUCACAUGUUUUACAAUGUUAAAGUUAUGGCAUCCGGAGAUACUCCUAUAACCUCUUGCUAGCUGAAGUUAUAAAUGGAGUGCUUUUUUACUUGGUUCUCAGAAAUAUUAACCUUGACGGGUCACAGUUUUGGCAAUGUUAAAUUUGGCAUUCAGACCUCAACUCAGUAUGUGUGUUAUGCGUUUGAAUUAUUUGACUGUUCAAUGCAACAACAGUUUUGGCAAUGUUAAAUUUGGCAUUCAACCUCAACUCAGUAUGUGUGUAAUGCGUUUGAAUUAUUUGACUGUUCAAUGCAACAGAUUUUUAUGUAAAAUCUUUUACUGGUAGUAUAUCGUGGCAACUUCAUAUUUUGUUCUCAACAUUCUUUUAUGGUUUACCUUGU